CUUUGUGUGGGAUUCUGUGGCGUCUUCGGAACCAGCGGAUCGCGAUUCCAAAACUCGAAUUUCGGCCUCAAAUUGGCCUCAAAUAUCCACUUUCACCGGACCACAUCGCUCGUCGGGGCCUCAAAUAUCUACUUUUCCGGGGUAGGAUUUCACAAAUUUUGCUCCAGGAAUAUCCACUUUUCGGGGAGACCCUCAUAGGAGCUUCCCGGGCCCUCUCCGACUCCAGUCUCCGAGUCUCUGACCAACCUUCACUGAGCUUCAGCAUCCUUGAGUUCGUGACGAAAGUUCCAUUGCGUCUAAUCGAGGUGCCACAUUCGACCAUACUACAUCUCCGAGACUGAGCUCCUGUGUCCUUAGUUGCGCUCAGGUCGAUUGACCAUGACCAUACUAGCGUUGCCUCCGUACCCUUCCUCCGGCGCUCGUGCCAAUCUCUCCGCAUCCCAACUUGCUACUCUCAACCAGAAAAUAGCAUCGUCGCUGCAAGAGGUCAUAUCCCUUCCUCCUCCCAAAAGAGACACCCCCGCGACCGCCGCCUUCGUCUCGACCUACGCUCGUGACCGAGCUCAGUCGUUUCUCCAGUCUUUGAUAUGGCCGGACUCUGUCAAGUCUUCACAAUCAAGAGAAGAGAAGACCACACAUGCACGGGUAUUACAACUUGCUGAAAAGCUCGCUGCCUCGGGAUCUCUGGGGAUUCACGUUUUGCUGGAUCUCACAAUUGCAUACCAUUCACAGACAUCUCGCCUUCGUACCCUCUUGAGCAACGCUAUUGCAUCGAAGCCACAGUUGCUCACUGAUCUCAAAGGGGUAGUGGUUCCGUCAUUUAUAUCCCUCCUCAAUAAUCCGUCGUCUUCCGGGCUAUAUGGCUUCCGCAAAACAUCGCAUUGCAUCCUUUCCUUCCUGCACGCCUCACCGCCUGAAUUCCUCCUCGCCUUCGCUCACGAUCGACAGUUCAUCAUUUCAUUAGCAACUGCGUACGAUUUCGGUCUUACCUCGCUUGCUCAGUCGUACGGUGGUCUCCGGCUGCCACCUUCAGACGCCACACAAUCCCGUGCAUUAGACGAAUGGGAGCGUGUGUUCCUCGAGACGAAGGUCGCGCUCGUCGAUGCAUUUCACAUCAUCUUCAAGAAGAUACUAGAGGAUCUCACAAAGGCCGAAACACAAGGUACCCCUCGAGAUCUCGCAAUGGAAUCCCAACGGACGUUCGGCAUUAUAUUCGCUCUCUUGGAACUCCCAUCGUCUUCGGCCACCACCGCGAGCCCGAGCCCUCCCAUCCCAUUCUUGAACCGUCCAUUGCUCGCGGACUAUCAACAUGCGUACGAUAUGUCUCGAUUACUCGAGAAUGUUGUGACGAGCCAGAGCCGAGACGAUGGGCGCCUGGAGGUCCUCACCAUGUCUCUUCGCUCUCUCGACGAUGACUCGUCCGCUGCGUCAUCUACACCUUCAUCGUCGAACGCUUCGAAACGCUCGAAUCCGGGUGCACUUAAACUUCUGCUUGGAUCGGGUGUCCCUCCCGGUAUCGAUAACCUGGGCCGUCGUCCCGCCCAGCCCCACACUAAACCCAACCCGAGUCUUGGUCUCGCAUCCACACCACGUAGCUUCCCUCCCCCUGUUGCUCCAUCGUCCUCGGCGAUUCGAGACGACGUGAAAGCGAAGGUCUCGGAGGUUCUUUCGAUUUUGCCAGAUUACGAACCAGGCUAUAUCAAGGCGUUGCUUCAGCGGUCUGAGUAUGCGGGGAAUAGCGAGAGGGUGGUGGAGGCCUUGUUGGAAGGAACUGCGCCGCCACCUGAAGCUAUUAACACUGCGAGUAGACCGGUUGAGUCGAGUGGGAGGACAGAGACACCGCAAGUCAAGGACGAGUUUGAGUUUACGAAGGAGAGGAGGAACGUGUUCGAUGAGGAGGCGAUGGAUUUGUCGAAAGUUAGAGUCGGAAAGAAGAGCGAUGAAGCCUCUGUGUUGCGCGAUCGAACUUUCAUCGAGCAGAUGAAAGCUGACAUUCUUCGUCGGGCUGAAGAAGCGAAUUACUCUGACGAGGAAGAAGAAGGGAAAGACGUUGCCUUUGAGGAGGAGUUGGACUAUAUCGAUACGGGGGCAGCUGUGAAAGUCGGAGGGGAUGGUGAGGAGAGUGGUGAGGAAGAUGAGGAAGGCGAAGGUGACGGAGUUGGAGCUGGAGAGAGUAGUGGGAAAGGGAAGGAGCGGGAGAAGGCCAAUCCGGAGACGAUCCUGGAGAUGGCGUACAUCCGGGAUGCGAAGGUGUUUGAGAGAGAUGCGGCUACUAGGAGAGGAAAAGAUAGGGUGGCGUUACGCGCGCAAACUGGUUGGGACGACUCUCAAAUCGAGGGGUGGCAUAUCAUGCUGGAGCGCAACCCAAAACAGAAAGAAAAGCUACUGCAGAAGUACGAGUUUACAGGCAAUCAUCCUGUGUCCGAGCCACCGAGCCGUAGUCAAACGCCCGAUGGUCAAUCUUCACGUGGGGGCGGUUCUCGCGGUAGAGGCGGUAGAGGGCGUGGUGGUCGCGGAGGAGGAGGGGGAGGAAGAGGCCGUGGUGGCGGUGGCGGUGGCGGGAAUGAGCAAAGAGAUCGAGCAUGGAAAGAUAAGAACAAGGCGAGCAGAGGAAACCAUGACCGUAAGAGGGGGCACGACAAGAAGAUGUCUAGGGCUGGUGGCCCGAGCUAGUCCCCUUGUUUGGUUUGGUGAGCUAGUUGUUGUUUUCCAUUAUGCAAUAACACAAUUUCAAAGG